AUGGGGCAGUUCAUUGCUGAGCUCCCUUAUGAGAUCCCUUUGAGCACCGUGAAUCGUCAAUGCAGCAGCAGCUUGCAGGCCACUGCCACCAUCGCGGCCUUCAUCAAAUCGGGUGUCAUCGAUAUAGGUUUAGCCGGUGGAGUCGAGAAUAUGAGCAUGUUCCCGAUGAUGGCCACCAUUGACAUCACCAAGCUUUCCAAAGAUGUGCUGGACUACCCGGAUGCGGAGGCCUGCCUGCUUCCCAUGGGCCUCACCAGUGAGAACGUCGCUGCGGCGUAUGGCAUUCCCCGUGAUCGCCAAGAUGCCAUGGCAGCGGAUUCGCAUUUGAAGGCUUUGGAAGCUCAGAAGAAUGGCUGGUUCAAAGAGGAGAUUGUGCCGGUGACCAUUGAGUCGAAGCAAAAGGAUGGCAGCAUCAAGAAGGUCAUUGUGGAUAAGGAUGAAGGUCCACGAGGCGGCACGACCAAGGAAAGCCUUGGCAAGCUGAAGCCUGCUUUCAAGGCUGGAGGCAGCACCACUGCAGGGAACAGCAGUCAAGUGACCGACGGCGCCGCCAUGGUGCUUCUGGCUCGGCGCUCAGUGGCCAAGAACUUGGGUUUGCCCAUCGUGGCACGUUUCCGUUCCUUUGCCUGUGUGGGCGUGGACCCCAAGCUCAUGGGUAUUGGCCCUGCGUUUGCCAUCCCUCCCGCACUCGAAAAGGCCGGAUUGAAGGUGGAGGAUAUUGACAUCUACGAGAUCAAUGAGGCUUUUGCAUCCCAAGCGACCAUGUCGAUCGAUCACCUGAAGAUCCCCAUGGAAAAGGUGAACCCUAAGGGUGGUGCGAUUGCCCUGGGCCAUCCCUUGGGCGCCACAGGGGCCAGACAGAUCGCCACCCUCUUGCCUGAGCUGAAGCGUCAAAAUAAGAAGUUCGGUGUCACAUCCAUGUGCCUUGGAAGUGGCAUGGGUGCGGCCUCUGUCAUCGAGCUCGAGUGUGUGACGUUUGCCAGUUGGGAGCGCGUGAAGCAAGUCGUCCGCACCAUCCAAGCCAGCCAAGACGCCUGUGCACAGGAGCAGAGCUCUGGUGUCGCCUUACCCAAGGUGGAGACUUGUGCGGUUUGGAUUUGGAUGGAGGCCAAGUCCGCCAAGUCCGCCAAGUCCCAUGGGCCUCAGGAUGUGUUCUUAGAGCGGAAAAGGCAGCUGCGGAGGAAACUGGAAGAAGCUUUAGCAGGCUGCCCUUCCGAAUCUGCCGAAGUGGGACAAGUAGUGGCGACCUGUGCCGCGGCGCUUCAGUCCGAAGAGCUCUCGUUUGAUCCAGGCUUGCAGCCUGCCUUGGAAUUCAUGUGUUGCAUGGGCCGGACGACUGGCGAGGUCUUCAGGCAGAUUCUUUCGGAGCUCCCUUCUUUGCUGGCACAGGAGUUCAAACGUGGCCUGCCAGCUGCAGUGGAGAAGGUGUUGCGGCACAUGCAAUUUCACGCCGCAUCUCCAAAGGUGGCUGUGGUGAUUUUGAACGUUCUACAUCGCUUGAAUGAGCCGAGUGCUGAGAAGUUUCGAUCGUGCUUUAGCGACUUGCUGAAGGACCUGGAGGAGAAGGUGCUCUGGUCCAUUGCACAGUCUACUCAGGAACUGGCGGACCUACCCCGAACUUUGCAGCAGCGUGUGUGGGAGGCUGAUGGGACGUUAUUCGUGCCAAGAAUCCAGGAACACGUGGUGGCGUUUGUGCAAAACAUGCGGAGGGAGAUGGUGCCCAACUCUGACUUCAAGAAGCUGAGUCAGGAGGUGAAAGAGCUCAUGGAGAACACGGGAUGCCGCGCUGGAUUGAUGAAGCAUUUGUUGGCACACUUGAAGAAGAUCCACAAGGAGGCAGAUGCCAAUCAAACUCCAGCACUCAGGGCGCCUGAGGGGGACAGCGGGACUGCCAGUUGGGAUGAAACGCAUGGGAGACCAGUGUCUGUUGGGGCUGAGCCAUUUCUCGCCACCUUGCGCCGCAGCUGCUUGAUGUAUGCCUUGGAGCACCAACUCCUCAAGCAAACGGUGGUGGGCACAUGGGAAGUCCAAGCUGAGACUGGCGGGAAGCAAGUGGUCUACCGUCUUGAUCUGGAAGCAGGCUAUGGCGGCAACCUCAUUGGCAGAUCUGAGUUGGAUGGCGGGCAUUCCGUGAGAGCCCAUUUGGACGGAAACCGGUUGACCUUCAAGCAGUUGGCCAAGGGUGGCAUGGUAUAUGAUUGCCACUGCGAUGUGUCGACCGACCGUCGGCAGUUGAUGAACGGAUGCUGGGAAACUAAGUCCGAGAAGGUCUCCACCGAGAGCAUCCUGGAGGAUGUGACCUCCAUCCGUGGCACCUUCACCGCGCAGCGUCGAGGCCGUGUGCCUUUCGUGGACAAUCAGUACAUUGAGUGGGACGAGAUGACGCGCUUGGUUUUGGAGAUGGGAAAGCUACAAGAAACACAAGGGAUCAAUGCAAAGGACUUCCAGGGAAUCCAAGCCGCAUUGACAGAGCUGCUGCACACGAAGGAUCAAGAUGCGAAGGCCAAAUACCAGACAGACAUAGCGAUGCAGAUAGCUAUCCCCUUUGUGCUGGCAGAUCCCUAUGUGAUGCACUUUUUGGCCGACUGCUUGCUGAAGCUCGCGCAGAGCUCAUCCCCCGAACAUGGGGAGAGCUUAAACACUGAGGCUCGAUUCGUGUUUUGGCUCCUACAUGCCAGCGCUCAGCCAGGUGGCACCAAGCACAUCCUCCGGCGGCCACGGACCGGCGCGGAGUUUGGUGCGGCGCUGGGCCUUCGUUUAGAUCACCUGGCUGCAGCCUUGCGAUGCUUUGGCGCAGAGGACAUGAAAGAGGCAGACUUUACUGCUUCCAUGCAAGAGUUGAGAAAUGGUGCUGAACAAGAUGCUCUCAGCACACUGCGACUUUUGGUGGCCCUCUUGGCCAGCAAGGCCAUGGCAGCCAAAGGCAUCAAGCAUUUGGAGUUGUGUCUGCAGUUGGCUGCCCAAUGGAGGAAAAACAGGUAUCGAUCCGAUAUGGAGAAGUCUGUGGACUGGAUUGACCAGCUCCUUGUUGAUUGGAUGAUCAACUCAGCCAAGCAGUUGGGAUUCCGCUUCGAUUUCAACCUGCGGAAGCCUUGCCUUGAGUAUUUGACCAUGCUCGCGGAGCAGGAUCCGUUAGUCCAUUUCAAGGUGGCCAAGCUGCUGGCAGAGCUGUUUACCAGCUUCGCAUCAGCACGAGAAGAGCUCACCUUCGUUGGCAAGGCCCUGAUGGCUGGCAACUACGAGAAUGGCCACUACUCCUGGUGGAAGGAUAUCUCAAGUUUGUACCUUCCUUUGGUGUACCCGAAAGUGUAUCUCCACAAGGUGUAUCAGGAGAGCCCUUUGGCACAAAGAGCUCCACUGAAGGCACCUGACACGCCACCAGCACAGCGACCUACUUCAGCCUCACAUGAUGCUUGGGCUGAGCCGGAGGCCGUUCUUCAACAUCGCAAGAGCUUGGAGGUGCCGGAUUCCCUGCUGACAGCACGGAUCUCUGCCUUGGUACAUAAUUUCUGCCAAGCCGCUACAACCUACAGCCGGCUGACCAUGUCACAGGCUGCUGCUGAGGUGGUGGAGUUGCUGUCCGAGAAAUACCAAGGCACUCCAAGGCUUUGCCACUUGGCCGCUGGCUGGUUGACGUUGUUGCAGGGGCAGGACAGUGCACAAGCCAAGUGUAAAACGUUACGGCAAUGCUUGGGCCGACGCAUGGUCGCCGAGUUCUCUCCAGAGCGGUUGGACCGGUUGAUGGAGCUGAACAAGCGGAGAGCCACGGCGGCCUGGCUACAGGAGUUUAUCCAAGUGGAGGAGUGGCGCCAGGUGGUGUAUGAGCUCAGGAGGGAAAGCCGAGGGCGAUCCUCCACGUUUCUCUCGGGCGUGACCCACCAGAUCUCGGAGGACCCUUCCUACAAGGAUGAGCUCUUGCGUGAACCCUCCACCUCCGAAACCUUCCGCCUGUUCUGCCGCCAUGUGCAGCACCUUUUGCUCGCCAUUUUCAGUGUGGCCCGCACGGAUGAUACUUUGACCAGGCAAGCUGUUGAGAACUUCUGCAAGUUCAGCUGCUAUGGUCGCCACACCUAUGUGUACUCGCAGGGCAUUCUCCGGGAGCUGAUUCGCAUGGUGCCUGUGCACCGCAGACCUUUGCAGUGCAUCAGCCAGGUGUUGACGCAGCUGCAAAACAAGACCGACAACAUGGUUUUACGCAUGGACUUGCGCCUGAGUCCUGUUGGAAAAUAUCCCGACCUUUCCGCGCUUCUGCACUCCAUGUGCCGCUUUGGCAGCUCUCCUCGCUUUGUGGCUACUGAUGUGGUGAAACUGCAUCGCUUGAUUGAAGACCUGGUCGACUGCAAGGAGCCUGAGUCGAAAAGCAAGAAGAUGGACAAAGCUCCGCGGGCGCCGAAGGCACCUGCACAGGAGGAAGGGAAUGGCCGCAGCACACAGGUGGACCGGUCGCGGACCGCGCGGGCGACCGCGCGGGCGACCGCGCGGUCCACCGCGCGGUCCCGCGAGCGCUCGCCGGGGAGCGACGGUUCCGCGACCGAGGUCGCCUCGGAAGCCGACAGUUGGGCAGGAGAGGCUCGCUCCGCAGCAACGCCCUCAGCAGAGAUGGCCGCUGAACAAACCGAGGCGGAGAAGAAGCACCCGCAGACUGCUCCACAGACAGUGCUCAAAGGGAAAGAGGUGGAAGGUGAAGCGGGAGAGGACCAAAGUCAAAGCGAGGCGGCCUCUGAUCAAGAUCGAGCAUCAUGGAUGUCCAACCCACAGGCGGGUCAGGAGAAGACUGUGACUGAGAGGACUGCGAGUAUUUGGGGCAUGCCGAAUCCAAGUGAGUUGCAGCGUGGUGAGAGUGAAGCUGGAGGUGAGCUCCCCGAUCCAACAAAAGGCGUGCGGGGAAUCUUGGAAUCAUUGAGAAGUCCUGUCUUCUUCGAGGCGCUGUUGACCCGUUUCGUCGACCCCUUCGAUGCACAACUGGCGGAGCUUUCGGAGCCGGAGCGCCACGCCUAUGCCCGGGUGCUGGCAUUGUCCUGCCAUGAUGGCAUCCUAGAUGCCAAGAAUACCAAAGCCCGGCUAGAUGCUGAAGAGGCCGUCCAGGUGACCACAGCGGAGUUGGAGUCCUGCUAUGUGGUCGCUCACCAUCCUCAAGCUUCCUGGCUUCGACAAGUGGCCGGCAUGAUGCGUUUGCAGCGAACACGGCUGGGCUGUGCGGCUGGACUGCGCUGGCUACAGCAUGUCGUGUUAAGCUCCCGGGUACCUGGAAAGCAGCUGUUGGUGAGGAUGUCCCAGCCCAUCAUUUACCUGAUGCUCAAGGAAGCCUGUGAGGCGCAGAAGCUACACGCCCAUCGAGCCUUGCGAAUCUUGCAACAUGUCUUGGAGCUCUUGCCCAGCACGGCGCAACAGGAGGAGGAAUCACCAGAGGCAGAGCCAAUGGCUGCUGCACAAGGUGAUGAGGUGGUGUAUACAGACUUCCAAGAUCCGCCGGCUCUCCGCCUCCGUGUGUCCAAGAUGGUCGCAGGAACACUGCUGUACAUUGCUUUGAAGAAGAACUUGGGAGUCCCCGUGCUUGAUUUGGUUCGGAGCACUCUCCACAGUUGGGAGAAGGAUGGCAUCCACUAUUUCCUGGAGCAGCUCUUCCACUCAGUGCAGCCACCUCACUCUAAGCGCUUUUGUUGGGCCGUACUCCUGCUACUGGCGACUCCUGCUGGUAUAGCUGCAUGCAGCACGGCCCAGAACUGCCCUUUGGCGGAACAGUUCUGCAACCAAGCACGCACUUCCUUGGAAUCGGUGAAACUGGAUUCGCAGACGGUGGAAGAUCGGGUCUUGCAGGCGAAGAAGGCCUUCGGUACCCUGGAGACCGCCCUCACCGCUGCGCGCGCCGCGUUGCCGGUGCAAUCACCGGGCCCGAUGACUUCGCCACGGCCUUCGCCACGGCUGGUGCCCUCGCCGGCGCCCCGUGCACGCCGGGAGCAGACGGAGGAGCAGGCCAAUCUCUACCGGUGGUGGCAUUCUUCUCCAGGGCUGACCAUUGCCGCUAAGCCCCGGAAGCGAAGGAAAGAUGAGCCUGCGGAGCCUGCGAAACGUCAUCGAGGCCGCCUGGGCGGCCGUGCUCUCCGGCCGCGGUCCGCUCGGCCGCGAUCGGCCCGAGUGCCGAAGGCCGACGCUUCUGAUGAGGACCCCUCUUUGAGCGAGGAGGAGCAGGAGGCAUCAAGCGAAUACGAAGCACCCGCGAAACGGGAGACCCAGAGAGACCAAGCUGUCCAGGCUCUCCAAGGCUGUUGGCAGCAUUCCAACCCCAAGUAUGGACAGUUGAGAGUGCAGGACUUGGUCGUGACCUUCCUUUCGAGUGGGAAGACUUGCUCGGUCACUGCAAGGCCAGAUGGAAGUGUGGACGUUGCAGGAUGGGUCUCCAGGCCCGAAGGGCCAAAACCGCAGAGGAUCACCUGGACCAGCGGCACUCGAAGCUGUUCUUGGCAGCGUCACUGGGAUUGCGGGCGGCCACCGAAUUCACAAAUCUUCCGCGAAAUGACACAGGAAUAUGCGCAAGAUUUUUACAUUUUGAGAGUGAGAUUAUCUCAACACAAGCUUCUUGGAGGCACCCCAACAUACUAACUGUGCGGCUUUUCGUGAAUGUGUAACUAUGUACAUUAGUGUGACAGGUUCUGGAUUCAAUCAAGCUAUAGGUACUUAUUCCACUGAGGCACCCCAUCCUUGGGUUUGGUUCGGAGCUGGCGCUAUGCUUUGUUGCUCCCAAACUCAGGCCAAAGGUUGCGACUCCGGCACCAGCAACAGUGACCGCACGCUGCACAAAAGUGCAGCACGAUGAAGAUAGCACAGUGUGGGCCCAGCGCCAAGCAGCAAGGGGCCUACCUGAAGAUCCAAAAC